GCUGUGAACCAUGGCAAUGUGGAUACAAGCUCAGCAGCUCCAGGGCGAUGCCCUCCAUCAGAUGCAGGCCCUGUAUGGCCAGCAUUUCCCCAUCGAGGUGCGACACUAUUUAUCCCAGUGGAUCGAAAGCCAAGCCUGGGACUCAAUAGAUCUUGAUAAUCCACAGGAGAACAUUAAGGCCACCCAGCUCCUGGAGGGCCUGGUGCAGGAGCUUCAGAAGAAGGCAGAACACCAGGUGGGGGAAGAUGGGUUUUUGCUGAAGAUCAAGCUGGGGCACUAUGCCACACAGCUCCAGAACACAUACGACCGCUGCCCCAUGGAGCUGGUUCGCUGCAUCCGGCACAUUCUGUACAAUGAACAGAGGCUGGUCCGGGAAGCCAACAACGGGAGCUCUCCAGCUGGAAGUCUGGCUGAUGCCAUGUCCCAGAAGCACCUUCAGAUCAACCAGACAUUUGAGGAGCUGCGUCUGAUCACGCAGGACACGGAGAACGAGCUGAAGAAGCUGCAGCAGACCCAAGAGUACUUCAUCAUCCAGUAUCAGGAGAGCCUGCGGAUCCAAGCUCAGUUUGCCCAGCUGGCCCAGCUGAACCCCCAGGAGCGCAUGAGCCGGGAGACAGCCCUCCAGCAGAAGCAAGUGUCCCUGGAGGCCUGGCUGCAGCGAGAGGCACAGACACUGCAGCAGUACCGUGUGGAGCUGGCUGAAAAGCACCAGAAAACCCUGCAGCUGCUGAGGAAGCAACAGACCAUCAUCCUGGAUGACGAGCUGAUCCAGUGGAAGAGGCGGCAGCAGCUGGCCGGGAACGGGGGUCCCCCCGAGGGCAGCCUGGACGUGCUGCAGUCCUGGUGUGAGAAGCUGGCUGAGCUCAUCCCCCUGGGCUCUAACAGCUCUGCUGCUGUGGCUGUCCUGGCCCAGUGUGUAUUGGGGACACUGCAGGAAACACCCUGGUGUCCAGCCUCCCUCACAUCUGUCUCCAGUCCCCCAUGUCCUCCCCGGGAACAGAAUCCAGGCCCCUCCUUCCUAGUAGGCCCCACAGGAAGGUCCUCCCCUCUUGCUGGCCUCCCAGCUCUCUCCCCGGAGCCAGCAUCUGGUCAGCUGUCUGGUCAUUGUGUCCCCUGCAGCACAUUCAUCAUCGAGAAGCAACCUCCUCAGGUCCUGAAGACCCAGACCAAGUUCGCAGCCACCGUGCGCCUGCUGGUGGGUGGGAAGCUGAACGUGCAUAUGAACCCCCCUCAGGUGAAGGCGACCAUCAUCAGUGAGCAGCAGGCCAAGUCCCUGCUCAAGAACGAGAACACCCGCAAUGAUUACAGCGGCGAGAUCCUGAACAACUGUUGUGUCAUGGAGUAUCACCAAGCCACAGGCACCCUCAGCGCCCACUUCAGAAACAUGUCCCUAAAACGAAUCAAGAGGUCUGAUCGCCGUGGUGCAGAGUCGGUGACCGAAGAGAAGUUCACAAUCCUGUUUGACUCACAGUUCAGCGUGGGUGGAAAUGAGCUGGUCUUUCAAGUCAAGACCUUGUCGCUCCCAGUGGUGGUGAUUGUUCAUGGCAGCCAGGACAACAAUGCGACAGCCACCGUCCUCUGGGACAAUGCCUUUGCAGAGCCUGGCAGGGUGCCAUUCGCUGUGCCUGACAAGGUGUUGUGGCCGCAGCUGUGUGAGGCUCUCAACAUGAAAUUCAAGGCAGAAGUGCAGAGCAACCGGGGCCUGACCAAGGAGAACCUAGUGUUCCUGGCACAGAAACUGUUCAACAGCAGCAGCAGCCAUCUAGAGGACUACAACAGCAUGUCGGUGUCCUGGUCCCAGUUCAACCGGGAGAACUUGCCAGGACGAAAUUACACUUUCUGGCAGUGGUUUGACGGUGUGAUGGAAGUGUUAAAAAAGCAUCUCAAGCCUCACUGGAACGAUGGGGCCAUCUUGGGUUUCGUGAACAAGCAACAGGCCCAUGACCUACUCAUUAACAAGCCAGAUGGGACCUUCCUGCUGAGAUUCAGCGAUUCCGAAAUCGGAGGCAUCACCAUUGCUUGGAAGUUUGACUCUCAGGAAAGAAUGUUUUGGAAUCUGAUGCCUUUUACCACUAGAGACUUCUCCAUCCGGUCCCUGGCUGACCGCUUGGGGGACUUGAAUUACCUCAUAUAUGUGUUUCCCGAUCGGCCAAAGGAUGAAGUAUAUUCUAAGUACUACACACCAGUCCCAUGCGAGCCUGCCACUGCAAAAGCCGCUGAUGGAUACGUGAAGCCGCAGAUCAAGCAAGUGGUCCCUGAGUUUGCUAAUGCAUCUACAGAUUCGGGGAGUGGCGCUACCUACAUGGACCAGGCUCCCUCUCCAGUAGUGUGCCCCCAGGCUCACUACAACAUGUACUCACAGAACCCCGACCCUGUCCUUGACACGGAUGGAGACUUUGAUCUGGAAGACACGAUGGAUGUUGCACGGCGCGUGGAGGAACUCUUAGGCCGGCCCAUGGACAGCCAGUGGAUCCCUCACGCACAGUCAUGACCAGACCUCACCAGCUGCAGCUUCAUCCUCGUGGAGGAACUUCUCGUGGAUGUUUUAAUUCCAUGAAUCGCUUCUCUUUGGAAACAAUACUAUAAUGUGAAGUGUUAAUACUAGUUGUGACUUUAGUGUUUCUGUGCAUAGUGGCACCAGUGAAGGGCGUGAGUGUGUGUGUGUGUGUGUGUGUGUGUGUGUGUGUGUGUGUGUGCACGUGUUUGCACGUUGUGUUUUUCCCACCCCUUGCUGUCCAGUCUAAGCUGCAGUGCCAAGGCAGGGGCCAGGCUUGUUUUUACCUUGUGAAAAAAGGCAGUUGGUUCCCUGAACCCUGGAACCUGGCCAUGUGUCUUAAGGGUGGCUGAACUUUGACACGUAAGAGAAGGACAAAGAGAGGAAAAAGCACCUCCUCUCUGGGGAGCCUUCGUCCCUCUGCCAGGCAGUCCAUAGUCCAAGCAAAUUAUCAUUGUCUCUGCCUGUCUUCUGAAAUGUAGAUGACUGUUGAUGAAGAAAGCCAGUGCCUCACAUGUCCCCUGUCCCCUUUGCACAUAUGGAUGGAAAGGGGAGCUGUAUAAAGUGUUGGGGCAAGGGUGGUCACAGGUUUUCGGAUGGGUGGUGGCUGUUUCCACCACUGAACCCAUCUCAACAUUGGCUCCUUGUCCUCUGCUCCCUUAAUCUCUUGUUUCUAGAAUUGCCACUCAGUUUAUGUGUAUGUACUCAUGUGGAAGGAAGAAGGGCCACCCAGCUCUGAGCUUACAGGUGAUGCCCUGUGCUCUGCCAGCAUGGGGUGGUGUACCCAGUCCUGGCCCCAGACAUCAGGUGUGGCCCAUCUGUGCUACCCUCCCCGCCUCUGCUGUGGCAAGGCUAUGCCUGCAUUACCCAAGGCUUGUCUAGAAGCUUGUUGAUAAUGGCUUUCUGCAAAUGUCCAAUGGUGUUUUUGUCUCUAAACCAGCUCUUUUUAUGUUUUUCCCAUUUGCACCCUAAUUUGAUGUCAAAUUUCUCUCUUCCUGCAUCAGGUCUGGGUCCUCUGUACCCAGGUCACCUCUUUUCCCUUCAGUGUCACAAAGUGUCCUGAGGAAUAGCUGGUAGGAAUUGUGACCUGCACCUGGGGCCAGCCUGCCAAGCGAGCAGCCACUACUAUGGGGUGCUGGGUGCCGUUGGGAGUUGGGGAAAUGCAGUCAGCAGGUUUGCUAGGAACUUUGGUAGACUGCAGAAGCAAAAGAAAAGCCUCAGUGCAAUUUUCUUCCAGUCUCUGCAGUGUCACCAGAGGGAAGGAAGGGGCUGCUGUGGGCAGGCAGGGAGAGGGGCAAGCAGAGAGCGGUUACCACUCAGGCCUGCAAAGCCCUCUUUGGCUUCCUCUCCAAACAAGGGCAGAGCCACACCCAGGAGAGGAGGGCCCCAAAACCUUAUUUUUAUACAUGCAAGUAAAUAAACAUAUUUUUUUACAAAAAUAACUUCUGAAUUUAUCAGUGUUUUACUGUUAAAGGAACAUACUCCUGUGUCGUAAAUUAUUUAUUGGAAGAUGACUUUUUAAAAGCUGCUGCUUGCCUUGGCUGGGUUUUGUACACUGAUUUUUUCUAUGCCUGGUGGUAGCCUCUCUGCCUCGGGUGCUCGCUGGAUGGAGGAGGUGUGAGGCCCCUCCCUACCCCCUCAGGAGAAAGCUAGAACUGCUUGAGGAAUCCAGGCUUAAGGGACUCUUUACCCACCUGUCAUGUGGCCUGUUUGUCCCAGUAACCCUCACAAGGGUGUGGACUUGACACACUUCUCGAUUUAUUGUGGACAUGGCCCCAGGGCAUGGGGAUAGCAGAGCGGCCUGGCACACCUGGAAGGUUCCAAGCUUCCUCUCAAGUUGGAUUGGAGCAGAAGGUACCAAACAGCAAGGCUUCCACACAGUUGCUUUGCUACCCUGGGUUUUCCUGAGGCUGUGCCUGGAGAUGGGAGAGGCUGUUAACUGGAAGCUGUUCCCCCUAUCUGCAUGCUGGUCUCUCUCUUUCUCCACUCCUGCACACAAGGAUGAGGCAAGGGCAGGUCUCCACCCGCCUCUUGCCUGCUCACAGACCCACACGUGAGUUCUGAGAGGUCUCAGCUUGGUGUGUGGCGUGUGUGGGGCUUUGUAGGGGUGGAAGGAGAUUCAACGUGGCUAGCUCUUACAAUGAAAAUAUUCUUUUAUAAUUUUUCUUUUUAACAUGUUAUUUCAGAUACAUAUUUUAGUGUCGAGGCAGAUUAGUAUAUAGCCACCAAAAAGUAUUGUGUAUAAAUUGGGGCAGCCAGAAAAUUGUGUAUUUUAUGUUACAAUAAAGGCGUCUUCUGAAGGGCA